AUGAGAGAAAAGACGAGCGAAGAAGAAAGGAAAUGGCGCCAAAUCCUCGAAGAGAAAGAAAAUCUUUUGAAGGAGUCAGGAAAAUGGCUCCUAGAUUUGCAACAUUUCUUAGUCGCCAGCAACGACAACGAGGACGUUAUUUCUGGUGUCCGGUCGCUGGGAGUGGAUCUUUCAGGGCGGCUCCAUGAAUCGUUCUUUCCUGUUGAGGAAGGUCAUUUUGUGGUGACCUUUCCAGAAUGGUGCCAACGAUCAUUGAACCAACUUGAAGAAGAAAUUGUCGACUUUAAGAUGGUAAAGACAUGGCAUUCAAAGGAAUUGAAACUUGAAAGCGAAUGCCGCCUGCGGGGUUCGAACCUGGGGUCGAUUUUGUCGAUUGCUGUCAGCGACGAAGAUGGUCACGUGUUUGUUGUCGAUGGGGGCGACAAAUCGAUCAAGGAAUUCGGCGAGACUGGGGAAUUCGUCGGCCGAUGUCUCUUGAGUGACGAAGGAUUCUUACCCUGGGACAUUUGUUGUCUUUCCCAUGACAAUUUCGUUGUUUCCGGGUCGGGGAUGGGACUCUCUCCUCCUCCCGCUUCUAAAUUUCAUUCCUCCUCCCUCUCCCUUAAACUGAUUUUAUCUCUUUCUUUUCUCCACCCCCAACUUUUUCCCUCUCUCUCUAUAUCUGCUUAUGUUUUUCGAUGCCAUCCAAAUCUGCCAUUUUUCGAUGACGGCAAACGAAAGAAAAAGAAAAUGAAAAAAGCCAAGCGAUCCAAGAGAAAACUUUAA